AUGCGGACCAUCCGCGCCAUCGCUGCGUACCUUCUCCUAGCAGAGCGUGCUUCUGCGACCGAUGCGGGCGGUGCCGAAGAGGGCGGAGGCGACGAGAGCCCUGAGAUGCCGGCGUGCGACGGAUCUUCCUGCACCGUUGGCGACUUCCGCGUGCAGGCGCUGUCCCCCAUCCUGCUCCGCGUGGAGCCGAAGGGCCCCAACGGCUUCGAGGACCGGACCACCUUCAUGGUUGUGAACCGCGACGGCUUCGAGGGGCCCAACCUGAAGUCGGACAAGCAGGGGCUGAUGAAGACAGACCACUACAGCGUGAAGAUUUCGGAUGGGGUGAUCCGGGUGUGGGAUUCCGACGGCAAUGACUUGUACGAUUCUGAAGCGAACCCUGCCUGGAACAAGUUGCACUGGCCAUCGCCCCAGUCGAGUCCUGGCUACGCGAUCAUGGACUACCCUCGGUUCUUUAUGCCCGAGUGGAAGGUUGCGCCUGUUUCCCAGGAGGACGGUGGCCCGAACAACGGCUAUGACUUUAGCAACGACGUCGAGGGCGACACGUACGUCUUCUUGCUGGGAAAGGACGUUGAGGGAUGGAACGAGGCACGCAAGGAGUUCAUCAAACUGACAGGGCCUGUUCCUCUCCUUCCCGACUGGGGCUUUGGCACGUGGUUCACGUGGUGGAACUUCUACACGGAGGAUGUGGCAAAAUCAGAGGUCCAGCGCUGGAUUGACGACAAGGUGCCUCUCGAUGUCUGGGGGCUUGACAUGAAUUGGCGCCUUAUAGAGAAUGACGCUGAUCUGCAGUAUGACAACCCUAACGGAUCCGCUUUCCCGGACUACGAACAGUGGUUCCGUUGGCUUGACGAGAGGGGCAUCCACACUUAUUUCAACGACCACCCGGGGCAAGUGGCCCCUCAGACGACUCCGGAUGAAGUCAAUUUCCGCUGGAAUGGUUUGACCUCGUGGAUGAGCAAGGGACUCUCGUUCUGGUGGUUUGACCACAAUUGGAAAUUCUCUAUCCCCCCCCCGAACGCCGAUCCCCCAGCUGUCACUUCAGUGACAGCAAACUCUGAAUGGGAGGGUCUCACCACUUCUUGCUGGGGGUCGCAUGUGUAUUACACAAUCGCAGAACAAUAUAACAAGAACAACCGUCCAGACGACAAGUUCCAUGGCGGGCGUCCCAUCAUUCUGUCAAUGCAGGCUCCGCACAACGAGAUCAGUGGGUACAAUAUCGCCGACAACCCCCUCGUCGAAGGUGCCAUAGCAGCGCCUCUCGAUCCAAUGCUGAUGGCCGAGCACCCCGCACACCACCGCUACCCUGUUUGGUGGAACGGCGAUUUCGCAACCAUGAACAACAACUUGGAGGCGAUGGUGGAUGGAGGAGUUCACGACCUCAAGCCCUACGUGCAUCCUGACUGUGGCGGCGAUGGCUGGUUUAUGACGGCGGUCGAGCUCCUGCGCCAGACUCAGAUGUGCUCGUUUGGCACAAUCCUGCGGUUCCACGGAGGGCCCCAUCAGCCGUGGAUCUACGGAGACUGGUGGGAGGGCAUCCUCCGCCGCUGGAUCGUGUACCGCUACAAGUUCAUGCCAAUGAUCAUCGCUGGCGGCCAGCGCGCCACCCAGACUGGCUUCCCAUUCGUGGCACGGUGCGACCUGUAUUGGCCAGAGCACUGGGAGUCCAGCCAGUCCAACCACCAGUUCAUGUUCCUUGACGAUAUCCUCGUUGCGCCCAUUAUUGAUUCUAGCGACAACGUCACCGAGAGGGAUGUCUGGAUCCCGCCAGGUGCUUGGAUGGAUGUCUGGAACGGAGAGGUACAAUAUGGGCCAGGGGAUGCGCAUGUUGCGCAGCCGAUGGACCGGAUGCCAAUGUGGAUCAGGAUGGAUGGCGGCAUGCUUAUUUGGACCGACAAGCCAGGCCUCACCGUCGCAGACGGCGAUUGGUCAACCCUGGUCGUCGAGGUCUGGCCUUGCCCGCGGGCUCUCAAGACUUCGCGAACCAUUUACGAGCGCAGCACCGAAGAGAAUCCGCCAAGCCAGGACGUCACGUUGUCCACAGAUGGUGAGGGCACAGCGACAGUCGAUAUGACCAAGUCCGAUAUUGAGCGUGCAUGGGUGGUCCGCGUGAACCUGCUGGUUGGCCAGACCGUUGUCAACGCGAGCGUUGACGGAAAGCCAGUAGAGACUAGCCUGUACAAGCCUAACCCGCAUGACAGUGGCACCUUGGGAGACGGCUAUUGGCCGUUUGGAGGUGAAGGGAGUGUACCUGCGUCGAAGGCUGGAAAUGUGGUAGAACUCAAGGUGCCAGCAGGCACUAGUAAGCGCAAAGUGGAGGUUAUCAUUAGUGAUGGAAAGGAGGAAGGCAAAAAGUCAAAGUCGAAGGGUGAUGUGAACAAGGAAGACAAGAAGGCAAAAUCGAAGGGUGAUGUGAAGAAGGAAGACAAGACGGCAAAGUCGAAGGGUGAUGUGAAGAAGGAAGACAAGAAGGCAAAAUCGAAGGGUGAUGUGAAGAAGGAAGACAAGGCGGCAAAGUCGAAGGGUGAUGUGGAGAAGGAAGAUAAUAAGUCAACGCCGAAGACCGCAGCAGCGCUUGAGCAUGGAAAGAAGGCCAUCAUGAGCACGAGACUGUCCUCAAACCAUGGAAAGAAGGCGAAGAUGGAGUCGAAGCCAGCCUCAAACGAGACGGCCGAGACUCCGCCAGUGAUCGUGGCCUCGCAGCUCUCGCCUGAGACUGCGCAGAGGUUGUCCCAGGGCACGUCACUGACUGCAGGGGGCACUGCCAGCUGCCUGCUUUCCAUGCUGGCGCUCGCCGGCGUCGCCGCACGCGUGGUGCGCUGGCGAGUGCCAGACGAGCUGGAGCAGGCGCCCGCGCAGUCACCAGAGGCAGCCGUGCCGCUAGUCGAGCAGAGCCAGCAGGGCCAUGUCGAGGAGGCGUGA